AUGGCGAUCAAGAAGCCGUCCAAGACCGACAAGAAGCACGCGUACGACCAGAAGCUGUGCCAGCUCCUCGACGAGUACUCGAGGGUGCUCGUCGCGUCGGCGGACAACGUCGGCUCCAGCCAGCUCGCGGAGAUCCGCAGGGGCAUCCGCGGCGAGUCGGUCAUGCUCAUGGGGAAGAACACCCUCAUCCGCCGCUGCAUCGCGGCGCACGCCGAGAGGUCGGGCAACGCUGACGUCAAGGCCCUCAUACCCCUCCUCCAAGGGAACGUCGGUCUCAUCUUCACCAAGGGUGACCUCAAGGAGGUGCGCGAGGAGGUCGCCAAGUACAAGGUUGGGGCCCCUGCUCGUGUUGGCCUGAUUGCUCCUAUUGAUGUGGUGGUUCCCCCUGGAAACACUGGUCUGGAUCCCUCCCAAACUUCUUUCUUCCAGGUGCUUAACAUCCCCACCAAGAUUAACAAGGGCAGUGUCGAGAUCGUCGCCCAUGUGGACCUCAUCAAGAAGGGUGACAAGGUGGGCUCAUCCGAGGCUGCCCUGCUUGCCAAGCUCGGCAUCCGCCCAUUCUCCUAUGGUCUUGUGAUCACCAAUGUCUACGGCGAUGGGUCGGUGUUCAGCCCCGAGGUUCUUGACCUCACCGAGGAAGACCUCAUGGAGAAGUUUGCGUGUGGUGUCUCCAUGGUUGCCUCGCUGUCCCUGGCAGUCUCGUACCCAACUUUGGCUGCUGCACCGCACAUGUUCCUCAAUGGGUACAAGAACGUGCUUGCUCUCGCCGUGGAGACAGAUUACUCGUUCCCCCAUGCUGAUCAGAUCAAGGAGUACCUCAAGGACCCUAGCAAGUUUGCUGUUGCUGCCGUGCCGUCUGGUGGUGGUGCUGCUGCGGCUGGAGCUGCUACUGCGGAGGAGAAGAAAGAAGAGGAAUCCGAUAGUGGAUCUGAUGCUGAGGAGGGAUUCAUGAACCUGUUCGACGACUGA